UGGCCGGCGAGAAAGUUCGGUUGAGAGGGUGCUGGAUGGUGGGGGGAGUACCACUGAUGAGAGAAACACGGGACUACUUUAACACGCAUUGGAGGAUUACCACACUUACCUGCUGCACGCUAACACACUCCUGGGAAAGGGGUUUCUUCUUCUACUCUUCGAGGUGACCCAGUGUGUACUGCUUCUGGUUUCCAGCAGCAAUGUCACAGAGGAGUGGGCAGGAGGACCCGGAGCGGUACCUCUUUGUGGACCGCGCCGUGGUCUACAACCCGGCCGCACAGGCCGACUGGACCGCCAAGAGGCUAGUAUGGAUCCCAUCGGAGCGGCACGGCUUCGAGGCCGCCAGCAUUCGCGAGGAACGCGGCGACGAGGUGGUGGUGGAGCUGGCGGAGAAUGGGAAGAAAGCGGUGGUCAACAAGGACGACAUCCAGAAGAUGAACCCGCCAAAGUUCAGCAAAGUAGAGGACAUGGCCGAACUCACCUGCCUCAAUGAAGCCUCCGUGCUUCACAACCUCAAAGACCGAUACUACUCUGGGCUCAUAUAUACGUACUCGGGUCUCUUCUGCGUGGUCAUCAAUCCCUACAAAAACCUGCCCAUCUACUCAGAUAACAUCAUCGAGAUGUACAGGGGCAAAAAGAGGCACGAGAUGCCCCCUCACAUCUACGCCAUCUCAGAGUCAGCGUACAGAUGCAUGCUUCAAGAUCGAGAGGACCAAUCCAUCCUUUGCACAGGUGAAUCAGGAGCCGGCAAGACAGAGAACACUAAGAAGGUGAUUCAGUACCUGGCACAUGUAGCCUCCUCCCACAAAGGAAGAAAGGACCACAACGCUCCUCCCGAAUCACCAAAACCAGUGAAACCACAGAGCGGAGCCCUGUUUUAUGGGGAAUUGGAGCGUCAGCUUCUACAAGCCAACCCUAUCCUUGAAUCUUUUGGGAACGCAAAGACCGUGAAAAAUGACAACUCGUCACGAUUUGGGAAAUUCAUCCGGAUCAACUUUGACGUCACCGGUUACAUUGUCGGAGCAAAUAUCGAAACCUACCUUCUGGAGAAAUCCAGAGCUAUUCGUCAAGCCAAAGAUGAGCGCACCUUCCACGUUUUUUACCAGCUGCUGGCCGGCGCUGGAGAACACCUCAAAUCGGACCUGCUUUUGGAAGGAUUCAAUAACUACCGUUUCCUGUCCAAUGGAAACAUCCCCAUCCCGGGCCAGCAGGACAAAGACAACUUCCAGGAGACAAUGGAGGCCAUGCACAUCAUGAGCUUUGGCCAUGAGGAAAUUCUGGCCAUGUUGAAGGUGGUGUCCUCUGUGCUGCAGUUUGGAAACAUUAUCUUUAAGAAAGAGAGGAACAGUGACCAGGCCUCUAUGCCUGACAACACUGCUGCUCAGAAGCUGUGUCAUCUCCUGGGAAUUAAUGUAACAGAGUUUACUCGAGCCAUCCUGUCCCCGAGGAUCAAAGUGGGACGAGACUACGUCCAGAAGGCGCAGACUAAAGAGCAGGCCGACUUUGCCGUUGAAGCUCUGGCUAAAGCGACGUACGAGCGUCUGUUCCGCUGGCUGGUCCAUCGCAUUAACAAAGCUCUGGACAGGACCAAACGUCAGGGCGCCUCCUUCAUUGGAAUCCUGGAUAUCGCUGGUUUUGAGAUUUUCCAGCUGAACUCGUUUGAGCAGAUGUGCAUCAACUACACCAACGAGAAGCUGCAGCAGCUCUUCAACCACACCAUGUUCAUCCUGGAGCAGGAGGAGUACCAGAGAGAGGGCAUCGAGUGGAGCUUCAUCGACUUCGGCCUCGACCUGCAGCCCUGCAUCGACCUCAUCGAGAGGCCGGCUCACCCUCCAGGUGUGCUGGCCCUGCUGGAUGAAGAAUGCUGGUUCCCCAAGGCCACGGACAAGACCUUUGUGGAUAAGCUGAUCCAGGAGCAGGGCACACACACCAAGUUCCAGAAGCCCCGGCAGCUGAAAGAUAAGGCCGACUUCUGCAUCAUCCACUACGCUGGCAGGGUGGACUAUAAGGCGGACGAGUGGCUGAUGAAGAACAUGGACCCGCUGAAUGACAACGUGGCCACCCUCCUGCAUCAGUCCACGGACAAGUUUGUGGCGGAGCUUUGGAAAGACGAGAUUCAGACCAUUCAAAGGGCUUCAUUCUAUGACACUAGUCUGGAUGAGCCAGCAGUCGACCGUAUCGUCGGCCUUGACCAGGUGGCAGGGAUGAACGAGACAGCCUUCGGUGCCACCUACAAAACAAAAAAAGGAAUGUUCAGAACAGUUGGACAGCUUUAUAAGGAGUCGCUCACCAAGCUCAUGGCCACGCUGAGAAACACCAACCCCAACUUUGUCCGCUGCAUCAUCCCCAACCACGAGAAAAGGGCGGGUAAACUGGAGCCUCACCUGGUUCUGGACCAGCUGAGGUGUAACGGAGUCCUCGAGGGGAUUCGUAUCUGCAGACAGGGUUUCCCAAACCGCAUCGUCUUCCAGGAGUUCAGACAGAGAUAUGAGAUCCUGACGCCCAACGCGAUCCCUAAAGGCUUCAUGGACGGGAAACAAGCCUGUGAGAGAAUGAUCCAAGCUCUGGAACUGGACCCAAAUCUGUUCCGUAUCGGUCAGAGUAAGAUCUUCUUCAGGACUGGAGUUCUGGCUCACCUGGAGGAGGAGAGGGAUCUGAAGAUCACCGACAUCAUCAUCUACUUCCAGUCUGUGUGCAGAGGAUACUUAGCACGCAAGGCGUUCGCUAAGAAGCAGCAGCAACUGAGUGCUCUGAAGGUCCUGCAGAGGAACUGUGCUGCCUACCUGAAGCUGCGACACUGGCAGUGGUGGAGGCUCUUCACCAAGGUGAAGCCUCUGCUGCAGGUCACCAGGCAGGAGGAGGAGAUGCAGGCCAAAGACGAGGAGCUGGUGAAGGUGAAGGAGAGACAGCUGAAGGUGGAGAACGAGCUGGUGGAGUUCGAGAGGAAACACCAACAGCUUGUAGAGGAGAAGAAUAUUCUAGCAGAGCAACUCCACGCAGAGACGGAGCUGUUUGCAGAGGCGGAGGAGAUGAGGGUCCGUCUGCUCUCCAGGAAGCAGGAGUUGGAGGAGAUCCUUCACGACCUGGAGUCGAGGGUGGAGGAGGAGGAAGAGAGGAACCAGGGCAUGCAGAACGAGAAGAAGAAGAUGCAGUCUCACAUCCAGGACCUGGAGGAGCAGCUGGAUGAAGAGGAAGCGGCGAGACAGAAGCUGCAGCUGGACAAAGUGACAGCCGAGGCAAAGAUCAAGAAAAUGGAGGAAGACAUUCUCCUGCUGGAGGACCAAAACUCAAAAUUCCUCAAGGAGAAGAAGCUGCUGGAGGACCGGAUCGGUGAGAUGACGUCUCAGCUGACGGAGGAGGAGGAGAAAGCAAAGAACCUGGGGAAGGUGAAGAACAAGCAGGAGAUGAUGAUGGUCGACCUGGAGGAGCGUCUGAAGAAGGAGGAGAAGACGCGGCAGGAGCUGGAGAAAGCCAAACGCAAACUGGACGCCGAGACGACGGACCUGCAGGACCAGAUUGCCGAACUCCAGGCUCAGAUCGAGGAGCUGAAGAUCCAGCUGAGCAAAAAGGAAGAGGAGCUGCAGGCUUCUCUGGCCAGGAGCGACGAGGAGACGCUGCAGAAGAACAACGCCUUGAAGCAGGUCAGAGAGCUGCAGGCGCAGCUGGCCGAGCUGCAGGAGGACCUGGAGUCCGAGAAGAUGUGCCGAACUAAAGCGGAGAAACUGAAACGGGACCUGAGCGAGGAGCUGGAGGCUCUGAAGACAGAGCUGGAGGACACGCUGGACACGACCGCCGCACAGCAGGAGCUCAGGUCCAAGCGAGAGCUGGAGGUGGCCGAGCUGAAGAAGGCCAUAGACGAGGAGACCAAAAACCACGACGCUCAGAUACAGGACAUGAGGCAGAGGCACGCGACGGCGCUGGAGGAACUGUCCGAGCAGCUGGAGCAGGCCAAGAGGUUCAAGGCCAACCUGGAGAAGAACAAGCAGAGUUUGGAGAGCGACAACAAAGAGAUGGCGUGCGAGGUGAAGACUCUGCAGCAGGCGAGGACAGAGUCCGACCACAAGAGGAAGAAGCUGGAGGCCCAGCUGCAGGAGUUCACAUCCAGGGCCACCGAGGUGGAGCGGGCCAAAGGAGAGCUGACCGACCGCUCACACAAACUCCAGGCUGAGCUGGACAACGUGUCGGCUCUGCUGGAGGAGUCGGAGAAGAAGGGCAUGAAAAUGGCGAAGGAAGUGGACAAACUGAACAGCCGACUGCAGGACUUAGAGGAGUUACGGCAGGAAGAAACCCGUCAGAAGCUCAACCUGAGCGGCCAAAUCCGGCAGCUGGAGGGCGACAAAAACACUCUGCUGGAGCAGCAGGAGGAGGACGAGGAGGCCCGGCGCAACCUGGAGAAGCAGCUGCAGACGGUGCAGGCUCAGCUGUUUGAGACGAAGAAGAAGCUGGAGGAGGACGUGGGAGCGAUGGAGGGCCUGGAGGAGGUGAAGAGGAAGCUCCUGAAGGACGUGGAGCUGACGGGCCAACGUCUGGAGGAGAAGACCAUGGCCAUGGACAAGAUGGAGAAGACCAAGAACCGCCUGCAGCAGGAGCUGGAUGACCUGAUGGUGGACCUGGACCACCAGAGGCAGAUCGUGUCCAACCUGGAGAAGAAGCAGAAGAAGUUUGAUCAGCUGCUCGCUGAAGAAAAGACCAUCUCGGCUCGAUACGCUGAGGAGCGAGACCGAGCCGAGGCCGAGGCCCGUGAGAAGGACACCAAGGCUCUGUCUAUGGCCCGAGCUCUGGAGGAGGCGCUGGAGGCCAAGGAGGAGCUGGAGCGCUUCAACAAGCAGCUCCGCGCCGAAAUGGAAGACCUGAUGAGCUCCAAGGACGACGUGGGGAAGAAUGUCCAUGAACUGGAGAAGUCGAAGCGCACCCUGGAGCAACAGGUGGAGGAGAUGAGGACUCAGCUGGAGGAGCUGGAGGACGAGCUGCAGGCCACAGAGGACGCCAAACUGCGUCUGGAGGUCAACAUGCAGGCCAUGAAGGCCCAGUUUGACCGAGACCUGCAGGCCAGAGACGAGCAGGGAGAGGAGAAGAAGAGGGCGCUCGUCAAACAGGUACGCGAGAUGGAGGCGGAGCUUGAGGACGAGAGGAAGCAGAGAACUCUGGCUGUAGCCGCCAAGAAGAAGCUGGAGAUGGACCUGAACGAGGUGGAGGGGCAGAUCGAAGCGGCCAAUAAAGGAAGAGAAGAAGCCAUUAAACAGCUCCGAAAACUACAGGCUCAGAUGAAGGACUAUCAGAGGGAGCUGGAGGAGGCCAGAGCGUCCCGGGACGAAAUCUUCACGCAGUCCAAGGAGAACGAGAAGAAGCUGAAGAGUCUGGAGGCGGAGAUCCUGCAGCUACAAGAGGACCACGCUGCGUCAGAGAGAGCCCGUCGACAUGCUGAGCAGGAGAGAGACGAGCUGGCUGAUGAGAUCUCCAACAGUGCUUCUGGAAAGUCAUCACUGUUGGAGGAGAAGAGGAGGCUGGAGGCUCGUAUCGCUCAGCUGGAGGAGGAGCUGGAGGAGGAGCAGGGCAACAUGGAGCUGCUCAACGACCGCUUCAGAAAGACGACCAUGCAGGUCGACACCCUGAACGCCGAGUUGGCCGCAGAGCGCAGCACAGCUCAGAAGAGUGAGAACGCUCGUCAGCAGAUGGAGCGUCAGAACAAGGAUUUGAAGGCGAAGCUGGCCGAGCUGGAGGGGGCCGUCAAGUCCAAGUUUAAGGCGUCCAUCACGGCGCUGGAGGCGAAGAUCCUGCAGCUGGAGGAGCAGCUGGAGCAGGAAGCAAAGGAGAGAGCGGCGGCCAACAAAAUCGUCCGCCGCACGGAGAAGAAACUGAAGGAGGUGAUGAUGCAGGUGGAGGACGAGCAUCGCCAUGCCGAGCAGUACAAGGAGCAGAUGGAGAAAGCCAACACUCGUAUGAAGCAGCUGAAGCGCCAGCUGGAGGAGGCUGAGGAGGACGCCACGAGGGCCAACGCCACCCGCAGGAAGCUGCAGAGGGAGCUGGACGACGCCACCGAGGCCAGCGAGGGUCUCACUCGGGAGGUCAACUCCCUCAAGAACCGCCUCAGGCGCGGCGGUCCCGUCAGCAGCUUCUCCUCCAGCCGCUCAGGCCGCCGCAACCUCAACUUGGACGGCGCCUCCGUCGACAUGUCGGACGACGACGCCGACAGCCGUUCAGGAGACUUCAACGAGACGCAGACUGCCACCGCCGAGUAACCACGGAGACCCUCACAUUCCUCGCCCCUACCCCUUUCACCUCCCACCUCAUCCACCCAUGACCCCGCCCCCUUUUUCAUUUCAAGCCACUGACUGGACAAACUCUGGAGAAAUGAGCCGAGUGCUCGUGGCAGCUCGCCUCAUCCUCCCUUUUUGUAUCUUUAACACUGCAGGGAAAAUCCACCGCCCUCCUCUCCUCCGAGGUCAAGCCUCCUCACCGGAGAGUUACCAUGGCGAUCACACAUCUUUACGCCUUCCUCUCCUCUCUUCAGGCGAGCUGCCAGCCCCGGCUCUGCUCUCUGCUCUGUAUCAUCUCAACGCCACGUCAUGUGCUAAAGUUAUCAGCUUCUAGGUGCAAAGUGCUUUUUCUACAUCUGAUGUUGUUAAGUGUUCAUUCUCACUAGUUUGUGUAAAAGCCGACACCCCCCCCCCCCCAGAGUCCAGACUGACAGACCCGUUCAAACGUUGAGGUCACUGCGGCCUCUGUACGAGCGCACAGGCUCGUGUUGCAUGAGGACUAAAAGGCUGACCCGCUUCUUCACCACAUGACCACCGGAGGCGCUAACACCUCGGGAACAAUACAAGGACUCUGAUAUGAAAGUGUUACUGUGAAGAAAAAAAAAAAAAGGUGUUUUAUUUUGUUUCAUCUCAACAGUUAGUGAAGGAAUGUCGAGCAGGGUUUGUAACCCGUUUUUUUAAAUGUUGACCAAGACUUGGAAACACCGCGAAGGACGCAAAGACGCUGGAAACUGAACUGAGCCGGAGGUCGUUGGAGUUCUAACUGGAAACCAACAAGAGAGAGAGGAGGAGAAAAGCUCUUACUGGAAGCACUAAAGUGGCGCUCUGUCCACGUUUUCAAUGUGACACUAAAUUAGAUCAAUCAUGUAGUUUGAUCAGAAUCUUCUUCUCACUGCGUUCACGGUUGAGUCACAGAGCGGAACGACCAGGUUUUAAAAAAAAGACUAAAAAAGACAUUUUCACAACUUGAAUCUGUCUUCAUCACAUCUGGAUUAAUCACAUGUUCAUCAAGUUACACAACCUCCGACAUAUUUAAACUUUUUUAGCCAGCAGGGAUUUCCAAAGUUACGAUUUAUAUUUGGGACGGGCCGUUCUUCAGUCUGUGAUGUGGCCCCUCCGAGGGCGACUUUUAGGUUUUUCACACUUGCAGAAAACUUCUGAAAAACUCCUGAUAUUUCCAGGAGGAGCUGCAUGUGUGAACGCAAACAGAUUCAUUUUUCACCCGGAGUUUCUCCUCCAGCCUCCUCGUAUUUAUUCUGCAGAAAGUCAGAGUGAGCUGAUGUGAGAACGCAGCAGGAUAUAAUCAGGAGAAUUCACCUGGAGCCAAUGGGGAGUGCAAUUAAAUACUGUGAUCGCUGCAGGGUGCAUAGUGUCUGCACGCCACCUCUAUGGUGCUCUAAUGAACCUGCUGCAUUAUGUUUCCUGUUCCUGUUCUUUCCUGCAUUGAUAGAAAGACAAAUAUUAUCUCCUUAGCUUGGAAAGUUUGUAAAAGUUUGCUUCUGCAGUGUGCUCUAAAUCAGGGGUUCUCAACUGGUGGGUCAGGAUCCAAAAAGUGGGUCGUGGAGUGGUUUUCAGUCGAGUCUUGAAUUUGUACCUGGAAAAGAAAUGGUAAAAACGUAAAUUAAGCGCUUUUUGUGCCGUUUCAUCCUCGGUCCAAACUGCAAAAUUUGUCAUCAAAUCUCAUUGGUUGAGAAAUAUCAGACAUUUCGGUCGUAGUUUGUCAUUAAGGAUUUGGUUUUAGGGUCCUGAGGCUAGACCAGUUAAGGACCAGUGCUCCAGAUCUCCUCGUCUGACACCUACCUCGCAGCACGGGUGAUGGGCGUGAUGAAUAACCACGUAGUUGAUGGUUUCAUCGAGGCAGGAACAUAAAUCUUUGUUUUUUUCGUCCCUGCUGGCUCAAAAAGAAACCAAAUAUUUUUUUUAAAAGAAGGAAUAUUGUUUUUCCUCAUCCAGAUGUUUUAAUCCAGGCUGCUUUAGAAACCUCUGUAACUCAAACGUAGUGGAAACAAACGUCGAUGACCUCACAGGGCGAUGACUUAUCGAGUCACAGUCGACCCGUCAAGCACUUAGUAUUCAUCAGAGACGGGUCAGCCCGACAGUGAGGUUUUUUUUUUUUUAAAUCUUUCGUUGUGAUUUUAGUUCCUUUAGUAGCGUUUUUUUUUAGAAGUGAAGUCAGACUCAACAGUGAAACCACUACAGUGUGAAAACUACCUUCACGGGUACCACGACCCCCCGGGUCAGUGUGACUUUAGUCGUUUAUUGUGGCGAUUUCAGGACAGGACGGCGGUCGUCUCCUUCGCCCCUCUCCUCACAUUAACAGUUUGUCUUAGUGCCUUAGACACUAAAUCAGAAAAGACGACCCUAACCAGAUGAAACCGGUCCACCGAGGAGAUGUUCAACACUUCAUCGUUCAGUCUUUUGUUGCCGUGCUUCAUAUCAUAUCCACCAUGUUCCUCUGUGCUCAUAAUAAUCCAACUGGAAGACGGAUGAUGUUUUAACUGGAAGCGAGGCGGAGAACUGGGCCCACUGCUUUUUCCUUUAAAGUCUCUGUGUGUACUGAAGACGUUUUAGUACCGGGGUCAUCGUAGGGAAAUGAUGCGCUGCCCGGGAUGGUUGGAAGCUUUAUCAUCCACACGUAGUUAACUCGUUUUUAUUUGAUUACUUUUAUCCAGCUGGCUGUUGACGACCAUCCAACUGCAAAUACACCCAUCUUAUUAUUUCCUGUAUUCCUGUAUUUCUAGACGGUCAUUUGUUUUGUUUUGUUUGUUUUUGUAAAAGGAAAAUAAAGCAUAUUCAUUGUAUCUGU